AUGGAUUUGACGAAAUACGUCAACUACUUGAAGCUAAAGCUUCCUCCAGUUGAGGAAGUCAAAUUAGACAAUACAGAUGUAUUUAUUAUAUUUUUCUUAUCAAUUCUCUCAUACGGAAUUCAUUUUUGGCAAAUUCAGUUCCCUCCUAAUGUUAUUUUCGACGAAGUACACUUCGGAAACUUCACAAAUUGGUAUACUCGCUCGGAAUUCUUCUUUGAUAUUCAUCCCCCCCUUGGGAAAAUGAUUAUGUAUUGGUUAUCUAAUCUAGCUGAGUAUUCUGCAGAGAUAGAAUUCGGCGGAGAAUACGGCCAUCCAUAUCCAGAUGAAACUUAUCUAUGUGUGCGCAUUGUUCCUCCACUUUUUUCGGCAAUGUGCGUUCCAUUAAUAUAUCUAACAGUUAGAUUUGCUUCAUUUGGUCAUUGUGGAGCUGUCGCUGCAGCAGCAAUUAUAUUAUUCGAUACAUCAAUGACUUGCGAACACAGAUUUAUUUUAAGUGACGGAAUGCUUCAUUUCUUUUGUGCUUUACACUUAUGCGUAUUAAGCUACUCAUUAUCAAUCAAACGUUAUACAACUCGUUUCCGUAUUUGGCAAGUUUUUGCAGGAAUUACGUUAGGAGCAGCUUGUACAUGCAAAAACACAGCAUGGGGACUUACUGCUCUCAACGGCAUCAUACAUAUAGUCGAACUUCUCAUCGAAUAUCACGAAAUUAAUGAUGAAUACAUUUAUGAAUUAUUUAUUCGAGGUGUUACACUUGCAGGACUUGCUCUUACAACAUAUUUAACAGCAUUUUCGAUCCAUUUCAUAAUCACUCCUUUCAAUGGGCAAGGAACUCCGUAUCUUCCUCCUCAUAUGAAAGAUCAGUUAGUAAACAAAGAAGACGGUGAUUUAAUUUUAUGGGGUAAACGUGUGAAAGGUCAUUCUGUGGUUUACAGAUCGAUAGUGCUUACAAUUAGAAUGCAUAGAGGUAAUAUGGGAAUUACUGAGUAUCAUCCUUUCCAAAGCCGACCAAUUGGCUGGCCACUUCUUACAGAUAUAUUCGUAGGUUUCUGGAAUAAAGACGGCCACGACGUUACUUGUAUUGGUAAUGCUUUUUCGUAUUACUUAGCAUUUAUCGGCGUGGUGUCACUUUUAUUCGGAUUUUCAAAAGAGAAAUGGCUAAUUGCUAUAAGAUUUACACUCGGAUGGGCUGUAUCAUACUUCCCAUUCUAUUUAAUUCCUCGAACAAUGUAUUUAUACCAUUAUUUAAUUCCAUUGAUGCUUGGAGCAUGUUCUUUUGGUGCUGCAAUCGAACUAUUCCUUCCAAAGUUCUUGUUAGGAGCUGCUUCUUGCCUUGCUGUCUUCCUCUGCUUCGUUGGUUUCAUUCUUUGGUCAACUUACGUUUACGGCUACGUUCCAUGGGAUAAACAUGUCACAAUAUGGAACGAAAACUGGGCGCAUGGUGAUGAAUUCCAUAGAAGUUUAGGCGUAAAGGCAGGAAAAGGAGGAAUGUUCAAUACAAAAGGUGUUAGAAUUGUUUAA